AUGGACGAGGAAACGCGUCCAGACGACGAAGGGAGGACGCUGCGGGAGGACGACGCCGAGUUGGAACACGGAUAUCAUGAUGAGUCUUUCGAAGUGGAGCAAUCCUCUGACUUCGAGGAGGAAGAAUCUUACGUGGACAAGGAAUGGGACGAGGAAGAGCCGUCCCAACGAGAUUGGGAGAGAGAAGCGAAGAAGAAGGUCCGCAUAGAGAUGGACGACCCGGCAACGAGGAGACGAAAAACCAUCUAUGAUCUCGCCUCUUACGCUUCGUAUGCUCCACUUGAUUCGUCGAUGGGCGACAUGUUGAGAUACAGUAUAAUGGGAGCGACAGAGGAGCCGCCAUCGAGAAUUCGAUAUUCCGUGUCGAUGGGAAUGUGGGGUAUAGCGAGAAUCGACCUAUCGCCAUUGACGCAGAAAAUCGUCGGCUGCGUGAUCGGCGAAAACGUGACUACCGAGUAUCCGUGGGUUCACGUGAGGAAGGACAUCAUCGAAGACAACAUAGAUCUACACUCCGAAAGUAGUGACUUCCUGCCUGUGAAGGACGAGAUCCACGCGUUCCCGGAAGACAAGAUGCUCAUCGGGUACGCGCCGUCACUCACCGAGGACGCGCAGUUCUACAUCUGCCUGACCCAAGAAAGCACGGACGCGGUGACGAGGCUGAUACAGGAGCAACGGCAAGAGCACGAGGAUCGCGUGAGAGUCGCGGUAUUCAAGCCAGUCGGUCGCUGGUUCGACUGGGGAAGCGGCGCCGAAGUCGACGCCGAGGUCGUCAAGAACACGCGGCCGCUUUUCGAGAUCGAGGUGACGUCCACCGCCGAUUUGCUGGGGAUGCCGAUAAAUCUGGCAGAUAGAACGACCGGCGAUCAAAGAGACGGAUACAUCGAGCUGCUGCCGCACCGGCAAAUAUUUGACAAUGUAUGGCGUAAAUUGGUAAGCAGGUCGACGCAAGUCACGCCCUUCGUUCGACACAACGAGACUCAAACAGCGUCGCAGAUAUCCGCCAAUUCGUGGUUCCAAUAUCUGUACGAAUAUGAAACUAUCGAUCUGUCGACAUAUCCCGAGGAGAAGAUUGACUCCUUGAAAGAUUUUCUGUACCGUUAUACCGAAGAUAUGUGCAAUCAGAUCUCGAUGAAUUCCACAUGGGACAUUUACACGAAUGAUUACGCAAAUUUGGUGCGCAAUGAGAAGGAUACGCAAGCACCGGUGCCGAUAGGCUACACGGAACACCAGAGCUACUACGAGGGAAAGCUCACUGUGAACAGAGUCGUCAACGAUCUCUGUUGGCAUCCGUUCUGGACCGGACUAGCGAUGAUCGCUUACACGCGACAUGCCAAGAGCGAACAUCUGAUAGGUCCCAAAAUUCAGGAGGAGGUCGCCAUCUGGCACAUCCCCGGCAAAAUCGAGCAGAUGGAGACAGUAGUGACGAGAACGAGUGCUCAAGAAAAGUACAGGCUUGCGAUAAAGAGCCUGAUGACUUGGAUGCGCGAUGUGACGGUGACGUUACGGAUCGCUCCGACGGCGAUAUCCUCGCUGACGCAUAGCCAAAAGGCGGCCAUUACCCAGAUAACGUGGAUGCCGUUGCAUCACGAGAUCAACCGAAGCGGCAAAAUCACGUCCUUACCAAAAAACGCACCUUUGGACAACUUAAGUUGGCAAUUUGUAACUGCAAGCGAGGACAGCACGAUCGCCUUCUGGGACCUCAAAUGGCGACCCGCGAAGAAGGAUAUUCGACAAGUUGGCGGCAAGCGAAAGAGGAAAUCGCGUCUGGAAACGACGGCGAGGCCGGUGUCGCCCUUUAAGAUUCUCGACCGCAUCUUCCAACCCAACUAUAUUCUCAUAGUUCAAUAUCCGGACGAGAGUCGGCGGCUAGUGAUAACGACGCUCAACAUGUACAGUCCGAAGUUUCGCGUGGAACAAAUUGAACCGCUCCCAGUGGGAAGGGACGAUGUCGCGAUUAGAAAGUACUACAGACCAAUAAUCGAGAAGGCGGACUACGUCAUGGAGUCGAAGAUGCUCGUUGGCACUGUGGAAGGUGAUUUUGGCUGCAUAACAUGGGAGGGCUUCGAAUUCGCGACCGACGUGAGCGUGAGUCGUGAGACGGCACGGUGGCUGUGGAUGAAGAAGACCCACGAUGGGCCGGUCACACACUCGGUCAGAUCGCGGUAUUAUCACAAGCUGGUAGUUACAGUGGGCGGCAAGAUUUUCGCCGUGUGGCGGGACGAUUUUGGUGAACCGCUUCUUUGGAAGAAGUCAAAUAUCGGAUACACGGCGUGCUCAUGGGGCAUUCUGCGACCGACUGUCCUGAUCUUGGCGCGGAUGGACGGCACUGUGGAGAUCUGGGACUUGGUAGUGAAGAGUCACGAGCCGAGUUUCACGCAAAGUUUGUCCGGACGAAUAAUUUGCGGCGUGUACACGCACGACUUGCCGUUGGAACCACAGUGCGUCGGCUUCUGCGACUUUACCGGCGCUCUGAGGAUGUUCACGGCACCGCGGGCCUUAAUGACGUACGACGUGAGCGACGUCGAGUGGAUAAUAAAGUUCGUCGACCGACAGGUUCAAAGGAUAAGCGAAUUUAAAGCCUGGCAGAAAGCAUGGCGCGAAACAAAUCCCGAGGAAAUCGAGAUGAGGAGGCGGCUGGCUGCCGGCGACACGGAGGACGAGAAGAAGCGUUUGGAGACCGAAGAGAAGAUUAGACCUGGCGCGGUUCAGGAGGCGAUUCGUGCGGUUACACCUACGAGAGCGAUCGCGCGGCGGAAGCCCUGGCAAUUCCUCGAAGAAGCCAAGACACGAUGGAUGUCGAUGGAAGAGAGACGCAUGCAGCGAGUGAUUUUGGAGAAAAAAGGACUGCGGAAGGAUGUACUCGAAAGACAACGCGCGCCCAUUCUCAAAUUACGGCAGGAGGCGAGGACAAAGAAACGCAAAAUACGGGAGAUCCUGAGCCUGCAGGACAAAAUCUUCGAGGAGACGAUCGCGUUCCUCUUCCCGGAGCAGCAGCAGCAACGCAGAGAAACUUUGUUGUUGCCGCCUUUGCCGGUCUCCGCGGUCGAUAGACGCUUAACGAUCGACGAGUUCAUUAAGAAGGAAACCGCUCUUCGGAAAGAAGAAGCCUUCGCCGACCCGGAGGAGGAGAUUAUAUACAAUUUUCUAGCGGUACAGGCCGAGGCUCUGGCCAAAUUAAAGAGCGCGCCUUUCGAACGCAUGUUCAAUUGGCGGCAAGUGCUCGCGCAAGCACAGUCGACGAGAAGAUUGAUGAACAUCGAAGUGAAGAAGUUAAACAAGCUGAGGAGGACGUGCGGAAUGUCGGACGGUAGCAGCGUAGUGAGUGAUGCAUCGCGGAUGCUUGCCGGCGACACGAUAGCCGACAUGCGCGAAAAGACGUUCACGGUGCUCGAAUACUUGCCAACACCGGACGAAUAUAUCGAGACCGCAGGAGAGCGAAUCGAAAAUUGUUUUGAAAACGGCGCAAACACCGACGGGACAUGA